AAUAAUUUUAACAGUGUUCCAUCUUCAAGGACAGAAACGCCUCCUAGCGAUGGAUCGCCACAAACACCUCCAGCAGUAAAUGCACCUACAUCAUCACCUUCGAGACGUAAUAGCGAGCGAAGAAAGCGUGGUUUUGUAAGAAAGAAUACACAGUCUGCUCCAGAUUCUUUCGAUAAUGACGAUGCAUACCCAGCGUCCGGAGCACCUACUAUCAUCCAACCAUCGGAUGGCAAUGAGCCCUCUGACCGCGCAUCUCGAGCUGCAGGGGUGUCCAUUGGAUACUUUAACUUCGACAGUAUGCAAAGGCUGCUGGAUCUGUCCAUUACUGCGAAGGCUGAGAAACCAGCUUUCUUGCUGACCCCAGGAGGUCUGACUGUUGGAAAAGAUAAAGCAGGAGCUUAUAUGACGCUUCCGUCACCUAAUGUGCAAACAGUGGACGAACAAGACGGCCCUCCAAACGUUUUUAAGAAGCUCUCUUCACAAGAAGAUGAGGAAAGCAGCGAGCAGGAGGAUGCGGCUCAUGCGCCUCCGGCCUCCGUGCUACACCGCAGAAGGGCCCUCGUUCCGCCAAAGAUGAUUACAGAUGAUUAUGAAAGUGCAACAGAUGAUGGAGACCCUCAUUCUCCGACAGGAACAUCACCUACUUCCGCUGAUGACUCGUCCAAAAAGGGGCGCAGAAGUUCUAUUGUCGUCAUUCCACCAAUGCAGAUUUGUCCUGGUGAUCUUCUAGUCUACAGCAAAGUUCUCAGCCAAAGAAACACGUUAUUAGAUUACGAUGGAUCCACUCAAAGCUUAUCAAUAAGUGAUGAAUCUUCUAGAAAAGGAAAAAACACUUGGUCCCUCUUACGAUUAUUUGAUCGUUCUGGUAGAAGUAAAUCUGAAUCUCUAGGUGGAUUGGAAGAAGUUCUUAGUAACCUGCGACCUUCAGAGUUUAUUGACGAGCACCUAUCAAAAUACAAAGGAAUGACGUGGUCAGAAUUUGUUUCUCUGUGGGAGCAACGGAAUGCUAAAAAUGCUAAAGCUCUGUUCAGAAAGAAUUCCAAACGCCAACUUCCGUCUUCAGAAACCAAAACGUCAACAUUAACAAGGACAAUAACUCGUCUUUUAAGCCCUUCAGAAACUGAAAAGGAGAUGACUCAAGAGAACUUGGUGUCUAGUUUUCGCCAAGGCCCAGAACGAGCUGGAAAGUGGAACCACAGAACCUCUCUCCGAAUUUCGAAGCUAGCAACUAUGCCAUUUGCUACUCGACAUUCCUUUGUAACGCUUGACAUUUGUCGCAGUUGCAAUCAUAUUAGCCAAGAGCCUUCCCAAGGAACUGGUGACAAUUCCUGUUUCUCGACCUUAGACGAAAUCGAACACCAAAUACAAAAUUUGGGUACCUUAACCCGAUCCCGUAAUGAACAAAAGAGACGAGAAGCUCUAUGGGACCUCUUCCAAAGUGAAUGUAUGUUCCUCUACGAUCACCUCAUGGUACUGAGAAAUGUGUUCAUGGAACCUUUAAAAAAAAUCCAAGUUGAAGGCUUUGCCAUGUUUGCAGAACCAGAAGUGCUUUUUGGGAAUUUAGAUGAACUCUGUGUCGUUACAUAUGCCUUUUGCAAAGAAUUUCUGAGUUUAAUUCUACAAAAAAUGUGUGGAGAGGAAAUAGAUACUACAGAAGUUCUGGUGAAACUUUUCCAAAAGAGUACAAAAGCAAAUGCUCUUACUCAGGCCUAUCAUAGGUAUACGCUGAACUACAUUAAUGCCCUAAACUACUUAGAAACAUUGAGAAGACAAGUGGAAUUCAAUGAAUUUGAAAAGUGGUGUUCCAAAGAUGCACGGUGUAAAAAACUUCAGUUAACUGAUCUGUUGGUAUCACCUGUACAACAUGUUAUGCGUGUGCCAUUAAUUUUAAAAGAAAUUGAAAUGCGUACUGAAGAUCCCAGUGAAAAGAAGCAAAUAUCAAGCAUUAUUGAAGCUGAGGAAAACUCUCUUAGAGAGUUAGAUGAUAAAAUGAAAUGGCUGAAGAACUUUGAACGUUUAUUAGAAAUUCAAAGAAGUAUUGUAUGGCCUUCUGUUAAUGAACUUGAUCCUAAAGCAUUUAUUCCAGAUUUUCUUAAGCAACCUCUUUCUAAGCAGCCAUGUGAAAGGUUAAUAGUAAGUCCAAGAAGACAAAUUGUUUUAGAAGGAGCACUUCAACUUCUAGAUAGUGGUAAACCAACGGAAGCAUUUGUUCUGCUAUUUGAUGAUAUGCUACUUAUCACAAGAAGAAAAAAGGGUUUGCAUAAGAAAAAAUCAUCCAUAACAGAAAACUGGGCAUCUACAUGUAGUAAUAAAAGUACUUCUGCUCAUGAACCUGGUUAUAAAUAUAUUGUUUAUAAACAACCCCUAUCCCUAGACAGGUUUUUUAUACAUGAUGUUACCCCUCAAGAUGGAACAGUGAACAGCCUGAAAAAUGCUUUUGUUCUAGUGUGUUUGAACAGGUUUCAACAAAUUGUAACUGUACAUACAUUCCAAGCUCCAAAUGAGUCUGUAAAGGCUCUUUGGUUAUCAAAAUUACGUGACACUAUGGAUCGCUGGAAGCGAACUCUACAAAAUACAGUAUUCCGAAAUCAAAGAACAACUUCAACUACUUCAACAGCUACCAUUCAGCCACCUGAUAAUAUAACAACUGUGAAAUAGCAACGACUUGUAGAUGGAAGUCAUUUGACUUAUCUUUCCUUUGAAAAAGCUAACAAAAUUAUAUGAUAAAUAAAACUCGUUUGUUACUGAGAUCACUCUGUGCUGAUGCCACAAGUGCCAAACAUCCUUUUACAAUGCUAUUUUCGUAACAGACAUGACAUUUUGGGUAUUAGCAUCUACAAGAAUCUAGUCAAAAUUAGGUAGUUUAUCUGUGAUUUGCAUUAAGCACUGGAGAAUUUUUAUGGUGGUAGAAUAACUUGGAUUCUAACCCCAUUAUAUAUACGAAGAUUAAAACGUGUGCUGUAGACAUUUGAAAAAUGUAUAUUACUAUACAGAUUACAGGUACAUGUAGAGUGAAAUCCACUUAAUUUCUUCAAAGGAUUAGAUCACUAAUCCAUUUUGGGAGGUUUUUUUUUUUUUUUUUUUUUUUUUUUUUUUUUUUUUUUUUUUUAAGUUGGAGGCCUGUUAUGAUGUCAUGAAUAUUUCUUAUGUGAAAUUUAUCUUUGUUAAGUUCAUUUAUGUUGCUUCUAUGUUGUUGAAUCCUCUUAAUACAGAACUAUCAAUGUACAGUCUGAAUGUGCUCAAGUAAGCAAUCUUUAGAGUUUUGUAUUUUAUUUAAAUGUCUAAUGAUUGCAUUUCUGUAGCAUGUGGGAUAUAUAAUCAAAUGACAAAGGAGUAAUCCAAAUAAAUGUGCACAAUUAAAUGUUGCAAGAAAUAUGUAUGAAAAAGCGUAUGCAAUAAUUAACUCUAGAAAGAAAAGUAUGUAUAUGUAUAAUUGAGCAUAUUGUGAUAAAAAUGAAAAAUAUUUUUAAGUAAAAUGAAAAAUUUUAGUUCACAACAUUUUAAAUGAAUUAUAGUAUAUGUAACUGUAAUGAAAUGUCAAACAUUGUGUUCAGAUCAGGUAUUUUUAAAAUGAUAAGAAAAUGUGAAUUAAGAUAGCAUUUACGUGAAAAUAUUUUGUAUUUAAUGUAAAAUUUAAUUUAUUGUUACAUUUUGUUUCCAACUGAUUAGUUCAUUUUAAUUUGAAUUCAUAUGUUCGUAUGUUAAGUGUAUUUUUUGUACAAGACUGAUGUUGUAUGUUUGGUGGAAAAUUCAGUUAGAAAAUUAUUUCUAUAUGUAGUCUUGUUAUCCCCCCCCCUUUUUUAAGGAUUUCCAGAGCUUAUGGUAAUUUUCUUACAUGCGUUCUAAAAUGUACUAUAAUAUAUCAUUAAAUAUGUAGUUGUUCUACAUGCAGAAAAAUAUUUCAUAUUUUAAUAUUAUAAUUUACUUUCAAAAUUCCAUAUUAAGUGUUUGGAUGAAUCGAAUAUAAAAGUUCUGAAUUAAGUUAUUUAAAUUAUUUUUGCAUUUCAAUCCAAAAUAUUUGAAUUUUAGCUAAUUUUAAAGUGGGUGUGCUUUGUCUGUAAUUAUUUUUAUGCAGUGUCUUUUGUCAGUAACUUCUUUACUAGUAUCUUUAAAGUUUUUAACAUAUAGUUAUUAAUGUCUGACUAUUGAACUCAGGGGCUCUGAAGCAGGAAGGGAUUUUAUGGCUUCAAGGGGAGAAUGCACUGAGCCUUUUAUUUGGCUGUUAGGUAUUAGUUUUAGUUUAGGAAGGUAAAAAACUAUUUUUAUCAACUUUUUCUAUACUUUUUGUUAUUUAUUUUAUAAGGCACAUUAAAAAAUAAUUUUAAUAAAUGUGUAUAUGUAUUUUUCGAAUUUGGGAAGAAGAGGAGAAAAUAAUCUUCUACCAGCUGUGAAAGAGGUGCAUGAGGCAAAAUAAGUCAAGGAUCUACGAUGCUAGAUUCCAGCAACAUAACAUUAAAGAUUGGUUAGUUGAUAUUUAUUGAAAUGUAAUUUAAUGUUUCCUGAUGUCUUACAUAUGUAAGUAAAUUUUUAACUGGAAUUAAUGAAUUGGGAAGUACAUUUGAAAUAGAUUUUGACGUAUUUAUAACGUUUAGAUAUUUUGACUGUAAAAUAAUUUCAACAGAAAUAAUUAAGUGGAUUCUACUGCAUGGAUUUUCCUAUCUGAACAAAAGCUGUCUUUUUAGAGAAAAGGAUGGAAAAAGUGUAAAGUGUUAAAUUGUUCCAAGUAGUGAAUUAGAAUCAUUUUUUAAACAACAAAUUAAUUGCUCUUGGAGGAAGAUAAAUUCUUUCUAUGACUAUUUUUAUAAAUAAAUUAUUGCAUAAAUUGCUUUUAAAUCAUAAUUAAAACUUAGGGUAAGAAUAUCUCUAAAAAUAUUUAGUUUAUCUGUAUUGUAUAAGAAAAAUUACAUAGCUUAUUAGAAAUAAUAUAUGAAAAUCAAGGUAGUUAGAUGAUUUCUUUUCUAAAUGCACAAGUGAGUUUUAUAUCCAUUGCUGUGAGGAAGGCAUUAGAGCUUAAUCAAACUGGUUUAAAUUAAUUUUAUUUUCAUAUUUUAUAAAUUAAUUUUUAAAAUGUAAUAUCAUUUUUGAGUUUUGAGAUUGAUUUUAUCAUCAUUAUUUUACUUUAUGAAUUACUAAAGAGCAUCUUAAUUAAUCCUAUGUUAAUCGAUAAGUUUUCAAUCUAUUUGUGAAAUGCUGUGUUUACAUUGCAUUUAGUGCCUUGAUUUAUAUGUUGAUUUAUUUUAUUAUUUGUUUCAUAUUUCGUCAUUAAUGCUUCAGAUUUGAUCAUGAGAAUGAUUUCCAGAUAACUAAAGAAGCUAAACAAGCAAAAUGUUUUAAAGAACAAGGUUGUGUAUAUAAAGUGGAAACAAACUUCAUGACCAGAUAAAAAUGACUAUGCUAAUUUGGAAUUUUGAAAUGAAGGGAAAAAAAUCUUUUAAAAUAUAAAAUCAAUGAUAAUUUUCAUAGAAAAAAAUUGUAUUCAAAAUUUUUGAAGCAAAGCUAUAUUUAAUGUCAGUAAAAGUGUAUCAGAUCAUUUAAACUUCUUGUGAAUAUAUUUCCUGUCUGAAUAUGUCUUACCCACAUAUUAAAUGUAGAUACUUAUAAUAGACAAAAGGGUUAACUGGUGCAAUAUACAUGAUUAUAACACAUGGUAUAAUUAACUGGUAUAAUACACAUUACAGCCUGUUCAGUUUUCUGGUGAUUAUACAUAUGACCCACCAUUAUAUAUAAUGGUGUCAUUUGUAACCUUUUAAUGUAUAUAUUAAAAAAAAACUUUUAAUUUUGAAAAAAAAAUUUCAAUAAUUUAAGAAUUUUAAAGUAUGUUUUAAAUUUUGUUAUUUUGGCUUGGAAAUUGUACAAUAAUGUAGAAUGUGACAAUCAGUUUAUUUGGAUUUCAUUUGUUUUAAAUCAAAAAUUUGUAAUCAUUUUUUAAAGUAUAAGUUUAAUACUCCAUCUAUAUUUGCUGUUUAAAGCUGAUUUGACCCGCUGGUAGCUCAGAUCAUGUUACUAUAAUAUUCCCUGAACAGGGGCUGUGGAAGAGAUAUCCUGAAUAUAACUAUGCAGUUUAUAUUAAUUGGGGGCAACAAUCUCCAUUGUGCUCAGUAAUGUUUUUACAGUUGUAACAAAUGCAUCAGUUCAUCUAAGGAAACACACCUAGAAUGCUAGUGAUUGCUUGGCGUUUUAACUGAGUAAACUAUCAAGAAAUGAAGUGUUUAAAGGAUGAGUUGCAACAGAAUUAGUUCAUCUAUGAAAAAUUUACAAUCAUUUAAAAAUGGGAUGGAACUAAUCAUAAAACCUGAAGUUCAGAAUUCCAAUUUACAGAAUGAAAUUAUGUCAGAUAUUGUGUUUAAACAUUCUGUUACUUAUUUAGGCUUAUAUAACUUCCUCAUAAUGAAGGAUUCAAAGGAAAUUUGUCUAACACUGGCAUAUCUAAUGCUUUCAUUACAAGUAUUUAUUAUGUAUGUUAACUUAUUAAUAAAGAAUAAGUUACUUGGAAAUUAUAUAUAAUCCUUUCACUACCUUGCCUAAAAUUUUUGUUUUAUAUUACAUUAUUAGCUGUUAUCUUGUAUAAGAGCACAGUAUUCAUGCUAUUGAAAAGGAAAGUUCAAGGCAUUUCCUGAAGUUAUUUUAUAUAUAAAAUAUAAGAUUCAUAAGUUUGAUACUUCUUUAUAAUGUGCAUACUUUUAUGCAAUCUAUAACGAUCCAAAAAGUAUUCAGGCAUCAUAGUAUUUAUAGGUCAUUCUUAAAUGCUUAUGCAGAUAGUUCUUUUUAAACUUCAGUACCAAUGUGGACUUCUGCAUAAAUAUUCAGUAACUUGUGACUGGAACAUUUUAAUUCUUUCUAUACUAAAAUAAGAACACAAGCAUAUGAUUAUAUACAAUAAAACGCAGUAUGUAGAUAAAAUAAACAUUUCCUCAGAAGAAAGUUAUGGUCUUUCAUAGUGUAACAUGUUUAUAAACCGUGUGAAAAUUUAAAAAUAUUCCUCAGUUUACGAAUAUUUUGAGAAAUCUUCUCAUAAUAUAAAAAUAUAAAACUAAUGGUAGAUUAUACAAGGAAUUAAAAUAAUUAAAUAUGGUAAUUGAAAUGACUAACUACACUUUUAUAUAAAAUAUGAAAUAAAUAUUCAUAUAACAUUCCUAUACUAGUGUUCAUUGUCACAACUGUCAAACUUAAAUGAGUAUUGUAACCUACUUGUUAUACUAUCAAACAAAGCACUGUAGCCUAUGAGUGAGAUAUAUAUCCUUUUAUAUACUGUUGGUGAAUGUAAAUCAUAUUUUGCUAUGUCGAAAGGAUAAUUGAAGAAAAUUUAUAGUGAAUUCAAAACUUAAUUGACAGAUCAUUAGAUAUAUUUAAUGUUUCCUAUGUAAAUCUGAAUACAUAAAAUUAAAUCAUAAUUUUAGUUAUCGAUGUAGUUAAAAGAAAACAAAAGUAUGUUACAAAAUUUCAGGUGGUUUAUAAAAAUUAGUAUAUAUAAAUUUGCAUUAAAAUGAAUUGCGAGUUUUAAAGUAUAUUCUUCACAUAAUUCGUAGCAUUUAUAUUCUGUAUAGUCAUUAUUAAUCAUGACUAGGGCAUAAUGGGGGAUGGGAGAUGGUUUUCUGUUGUAAAACCUUAAUUAAUAAUAAAUAUAUACAUAUAAAGGUUUGAAUUUUAUUAUCAGUCUGCUAGUUUUAUAAUUAUUUUAAACACAUAACUAACAGAUAUUUUGUAUGAAUCUGAAUUAAUUCAUGUUAGAUAAUUAAGAAAUAAAUCUAUCUUUUGCACUGAAUUUAAACGCUUAUCUGUGAAUUGUACAUUUUGUUUCUAAUAUUUAUAUUAAAUGAUAUUUUGUGCUUGUAUUUGCUAUGUCUGACAGCUGAGAUUAGCAAUUUUAAUUACUGUAAAAUGAACCAAAAUCAGUUUAUAAUGCCUUCAUAUGUAAGUUGGAAGUGAUUUCAACUAUUUUCUGCGACUUCCUUUUAUCAUUUUAUGAUGAUGAUGCUUCUCUUCAAUUGUAUUCAUACUGAAGUUCUCAAUUUUUAGUCAUAUCCUUGACUGUGAUUGGAAGAAAUGUCAUUUUAUAAGUGGCAGUUACCCAUAAAAUGGCAAGGUCGAAUAGCAAGAACAUCAGACAACUGCAAUAUAUAUGCAAGUUUCAUUUAGUGUGAAGUGUAAUAUAUUUACAUAUGCAAUCACUAUCUAUUAAUAAUAAUUAUAAGUUAUAAAUAUAAAUGUGUGCUUCAAUAGCAAGAAUCACUACUUUCUGUUUUCAUUGAAAACUGAAAAAAAUUUUGUUCAUUCAUACUAAGCUGUAUAAGUUCAAAGAGUGCAUUGUACUAAACUUAAGUAGUAUUUUAUCUGUGAUUUUUGUGUUAAAAAACCUAAUUCAGUCAUUGCCCUUUUUUAUCCAUAUUAAUGUAAUACUAUAGCCAUAAUGUCACAGUAGUGUUCCCAUAUCCAUGAGUAAUAUGUUCCAAAAUUUACUGCAGGUAUGCGAAACUGCAAAUAAUUAUGAACAUUGUAUAUAAUACAGGAUAUUCAAAUAACAUACAUAAUUACAGUUACAUUGAUAGUCUAUAUAAGAUACUAGCAUUAUGAAAUAAAGUAAUAAUAUUAAUAAUAUAGUGUUCUGCAUACUGCAGUACAGUAUAUACUAUAUUAUUAGUAAAGUAAUAUAAAAUAUAUUGUGUAUUAGAAUAUUUUUUUACUUACAAAAAUAAAACAUUAACAUUUUAAUUUAAUCCACAAAAGAAAAGUGAAUUUUUUAAAAAAAAAAAAGGUUCUUACUGUAUGUGGUAGAAAUAACAAGCAUUCAUUUUCUUAUUCCUAAUAACACAUUAGUAGUUUCCAAGCACUUGUAGAAUCAUAAAUCUUAUGUGUUAAAAGCCCACACUGUGGAAUUAAAAAAAAAAAUUAAAAAAAUAACUUUAUAGAAUUGUAAAGCUUUAAUAACACAUUAUUAAUGUGAAUAGUAUGAAUGUUAGAAGCAAGCAUGGAAGAAAGUUUGAAAAGAAGAAAUAUGGAAACAGAAAUGAAAGAUAAGCCAAAUAAUUUCGGACCUUUGAUUUCUUACUAACUUAUCACUGAGAUGCAAGUUCAGAGUUUUAAGAGUUUCUUAUAAACUGAGAAUAUAUGUAAAGCUCUGUUAUAAUGUUUUCAAUUUCUUGUAUUUAGUUACAUCAAUCUGAAUAAAAUGUGUAGGACAAUAACAUUGUGUGUGUCUGAAGUAAAGUAUUUUAGGUAUUUACAGUCUGUUGCCAUUUGUUUUCAUCAAAAAACUUAUGAAACUUAUUGUAAUUUCUUUUUCUGCAUCUCUGAACAGCUGUGGAUAUGGGGGCAUGAGAGUACUUCGUAUAAAGGUUUAUUCAGUUAGAAUGUCAUCCAUUUUUAUAAAUUACUCAGUUUACAUAUUCCAUAGCAGUUGUUUCAUCAUCAAUUCUCAGAUUUUUUACUUGUUAAUAAAUCCUUCAUUAUAUAUUAAUAAUGUAAGAGCACAGAAGUACAAGGAUCUUUGCCUAUCACAAUAAAAACGAAGUCGAAACACUGCACAACAUACUAUUGCACUAAUCAAUUCCUUUCAUUAAAAGAAGAUUAGAAUGCUUCAAUCAAAAAAAAAAAAAAAAAA